CUCCCUUUCUAGUGUGAAAAGUACCUGGGCUCUGCACAAAUUAAAAUGGGUUUCAAGGUGACUGAAAAAAGAGAAUUGAUGUUCUACUUGUUCAUCCUUUGCUUGUCUGGUAUCAGUGAGGUCUCUAGUCAAAAUGGAGCACCUCCUCCACCUCCUCCACCUCCACCUCCAGGAGCUACCUGUCCCAACACAUGCAGCUGUCUGAAUACCUCUUUUGUACUCUGUUCUGGAGAAGACAGAAUUCAAGAACUUUCGUUCGAGAGGAUGGGAUUAAAUGAAGUACCAAUAUUCACUGGAAAAUAUCCUCACUUGAUCACCAUUGAUCUGGGUGAUAAUCGAAUUGAGAGAAUCCGUGAAAGAUCACUUGGUUCAGACCAAACACCAAUGCUCCGAGAAAUUAUUCUCAGUAACAACAGAAUCAGCAAUAUUGAGAAGGACGCUUUUGCUGGUUUGCUAGUAACUAUUGACUUGGCAUCAAACCAACUGAAUAAAUUCAGUUUUUCACCAUAUACAAGAGUUCAACAAACUUUGGAAUUAUUAAACCUUAGAGAGAACAGAAUACGUGAGUUCCGCUUCAACACAACAUUUUUCAAUGGUACAAAUAACUUUCCCAAUCUGAUACUGGACAUAUCAGACAACCCUAUUGAGUGUGAAAGCAUUACACCAUCUGAGUUGCCCUUCAUUCCUCUUUGUGAGCCCUUUUUUGAGUCAUUUCAGCAAACACAAGCAGAAUGUGUGGACUCAGAAUCCACACUCGCAGAUAUAUGUUCCUUGUUCACUAAUGACAAUGAUAAUGGAGGAGAAGACACUGAUGAUAAUACUGACAACGACAAUGAUGAGGAUAGAGACGACAACAUGCCAGAAAGACCAACCACCCCAGAUCCAAAUUCAGACUCCUCUCUAGGGAUUAUUAUUGGUUCAUCUGUUGGAGUCCCAGUGGUUCUCAUAGUACUGCUCGUAAUGUUCCUCGUUCUCAUGUUCAUCUGGAGGUCCAAAACGUGGGAGAGAAAGUUCCAAGACGUUACAGAGGCUCAAGUGGAGGCUACUUUCAGACUAAGCCACACUAUGCGAGCUCAGGACCCAUAUUCCGCAGACCCUCGAUAUGCCACAAGGCCAAUCAAAACCAUAAAGUUUCCCCCUGAUCCACUAUCCCCAUACUUCAAUCCCCUUACCCCAUUCCCCGGUCCCUCAUCAACCAUCUUCCUCCCUGAUACUGACACGGAGGAUAUGUAUUCGUCAAUUGAUACGAGGCCACUCCCUGCUGUACCACCUCAAGAGUCUGAUUAUGAGGACGGAUACAUACUGACGGUGGCAUCUGCACCACGACGAGAUGUGCUGCCUGGAAUUGUUAUUGCCAAACGAAGAGAAAAGGAAGCAGAGAGACUGUCUUUGUAUCCAGCACCAGUACUAAAAUCAAAACAAAAAGAUCUCAUUCCAUCUACUUCCUCUGAUUCUGAAACAGAAAUUGAACAUGAUGUUCCAUUCUCCCACCAACUCAACACUGGUAGUGGCUUUGGUACUGAGAAUACACUUCCUAUUUCUGAGCAGAAUAUUGGGGUCACUGUGAGCGAAGAAAAGGAUAUGCAAACGCUCGGCAAAGACCAAAUUCAAGGUGAUGAAGUGCAAGCCCUGAGUAGAAUGGAUGGCGACAGGGGUAAAGAGAAUCCAACACCAAACGGGGAGUUGCUAUCUGAUGUGGAUAAUGGCAGCAGAGAUGUUGUGUGUGGAGAACAAGAAGAUGUAUAUCUGUCUAUUGUUCAGUAACCCUCAACAAUCAACCAUUUAGUGAUAGAGAAACUGAUGUGAUGUGUACAUGUAGUAUCAAACCAUAAAUUGUUACGUAGCCUUUACUUACGAAAUCAUUAUGUUUCCCUGCUGUCAUUUUGAAAAC